AUGAUGCUUAGAUAGAAAAAUAUUGGAUAUUCAUUGUUUUAGUAAUUACGCAGAGCGAAAUGCUCCUAAAUUGACAAAUAAAAUAGCACAGAUGCCCUAAAAAGACCUCUAUAUUUAGAUAUGCAAGCUACUACUCCUAUUGAUUUUAGAGUUUUAGAUAAAAUGUUACCAUAUUUGACUGUUGAUUAUGGAAAUCCCCAUUCAAAAAGUCAUUUAUAUGGUGUAAACAGUUCUUCUAUUGUUGAAGAAGCAAGAGAAAAUAUUGCUUAGCUUUUAAAUGCAGAACCAAGUGAAAUUGUUUUCAACUCAGGAGCUACUGAAUCAAACAAUACUGCUCUUUUAGGACUAAGCGAGCAUCAUUUUAACAACAAAUCUAUUAAAAAUCAUAUUAUUACUACUACUAUGGAACACAAAACUGUUCUUGAAGCUUGCAAAUAUAUUUAAAAAAGAUUUGGAUUUAAUGUAACUUUCAUGGACGUUGAUGAGUAUGGUAGAGUUGAUAUUAAUAAACUCAGCUAAAUUAUUAACGAAAAAACUUUAUUAUUUUCUGUAAUGUCUUUGAAUAAUGAAGUUGGAGUUAUUUAAGAUUUAGAAUCUUUAGGAGCAUUGUGUGAAGAAAGAGGAGUUUAUUUUCAUACAGAUGCAGCAUAGGCAAUUGGAAAAAUUCCUCUAGAUGUACGUAAAAUGAAUAUAGAUUUAAUGUCUUUUACAGGUCAUAAAGUAUUUGCUCCAAAAGGUACUGGUGGCUUGUUCAUUCGUGAUAAAAAGCAAUAUAAAAAAAACAAUAAACCAGCAAUAUAAUUAGCACCAUUAAUUCAUGGAGGAGGAUAAGAAAGAGGAAUGAGAAGUGGGACAUUAUCUCCCCCAAUGGUUAUUGCUCUCGGAGAAGCUUGUAAAAUUGCACAAAGAGAAAUGGAAAAUGAUAACUAACAUAUCAAAAAGUUAUAUGAAAGAAUGUAUGAAAGAAUUUUUAGAGAGGUUCCUUUUGUUAAACUGAAUGGACAUCCCGUUCAUAGAUACUUUGGAAACUUAAACAUUAGCUUUAAAUAUAUUUUUAGUGGCGAUAUUAUGAAUGAAAUAAAAAAUAAAAUUGCCUUUAGUGCUGGUGCCGCUUGUUUAGAUGAGCCUUCAUAUGUUCUCUAAGCUCUUCAUGUAGAUGAAAGCUAUGCAUUUGGUGCAAUUAGAAUUGGUAUUGGUAGAUUUACUACUCAAGAGGAGGUAGACUAUUUAUUGGAUACACUGAUUCCAAUAGUUAAUAAUCUUAGAUAAAAAAACAAAGUUUAUCAAUAGCAUUUUGCAAAAUAAAACAAUUAAUGA